GAUCGCUUCCUGCUCGCCGGGAGGGCCGGCUGGUGUGAGGGCGCUGCCGCGGAUCCUUGACCCCUGUUGCCCCGAUGCGAUCCUGGUGAAGCCUUUGCAGAAAAAUGUCCUGGUAAUGAAGGGUAGCGGUCAUGACGGAGUCAGUGAUGAAACUCCAGAGAGUUCAGCUGAAAUGCAAGAACCUUCAUGAAUACCUGCGGGGCCUGAGCCCCGGGAUUUUGGAUCGGCUGUAUAAUCAUCCUGCCACUUGCCUUGCUGUCCUUCGGGAACUGCCUGGGUUAGCCAAAAAUUAUGUCAUGCGGAUGCUUUUCUUGGAACAGCCUCUUCGUCAGGCAGCUGUGGCCCUGUGGGUGAAGAAGGAAUAUGUCAAGGAACAAGAGGAGAGCUCGGAUAUCCUGCUAGGACUGCGCCUUUGGCACACACAGUUGCUCCCAGGAGGCCUCGAAGGGAUCGUCUUGAACCCCAUCUUCAAAGAAAACCUGCGCAUUGCUCUCUUGGGAGGAGGUAAGGCCUGGUCUGAUGAUACUAGCCAACUGGGCCCAGAUAAGCAUGCCCGAGAUGUCCCAUCCUUGGACAAGUAUGCAGAAGAAAGGUGGGAGGUCAUCCUGCAUUUUAUGGUAGGCUCUCCUAGUGCAGCGGUGAGUCAGGAUCUGGCUCAGCUGCUGAUUGAAGCUGGCCUGAUGAAGAGUAGCGAGCCUGGAGAACCUCCGUGCAUCACAUCCUCUGGCUUCCAGUUCCUGUUGCUGGAUACUUCAUCACAGCUGUGGUACUUCAUGCUCCAGUAUCUCCAAUCAGCAGAGACCAGGGGCAUGGACUUGGUGGAGAUUCUCUCCUUCCUCUUUCAGCUGAGCUUCUCCACACUUGGCAAGGAUUAUUCCGUGGAAGGAAUGAGUGAUUCUCUUCUAAAUUUCCUUCAGCAUCUCCGGGAAUUUGGCCUGGUGUUUCAAAGAAAGAGAAAAUCCAGACGUUACUAUCCCACCCGCUUAGCUAUUAAUCUUUCCUCCGGCAUCUCAGGUACCACCGUGGAUACCCAUAACCAAGGUUUCAUCAUGGUGGAGACCAACUACAGGAUCUAUGCAUACACAGAUUCAGAGCUACAGAUUGCACUAAUUGCCCUCUUCUCUGAGAUGCUGUAUCGCUUCCCUAACUUGGUGGUGGCGCAAGUCACCCGGGAGAGCACACAGCAGGCCAUUGCCAAUGGUAUCACCGCCGAUCAGAUCAUUCACUUCCUACGAACAAGAGCUCACGCCGUGAUGCUGAAACAGACCCCUGUGUUGCCCCCCACAAUCACAGAUCAGAUCCGGCUGUGGGAGCUGGAACGGGACAGACUGCGCUUUUCUGAGGGUGUCCUGUACAACCAGUUCUUAUCCCAGGUGGACUUUGAGCUGCUCCGUGACCAUGCUAAGGAACUCGGGGUCCUCGUUUUUGAGAACCCAAUCAAGCGUCUCAUGGUGGUCACUCCCGCCGGCCAUUCAGACGUCAAGCGCUUCUGGAAGCGUCAGAAACACAGUUCCUGAAGACAUUGGAUUGUACCUCCAUGUUCUUCCGAUCAUGCUUGUCAGAAAGUGGACCAAACAGAAAGGCGGAUAUAUCUUUCCUCCCCAUUACUUUGAGUGGAUGCAAGGCAGGCGGAGAGAAGAAAAACAAGGAUGGCUGACUGAUCAUCCCCUUUUCAGCCAAAAACAGAUUCGAAACUUGGUUGUUUUUUUUUUAAAGAACAAAAAUGGCAAUUGGUUCAGUGUAAGUGUCACCUUUCCAUCAACUCUCUCUGGUAGGAAUGACACCCUGACUGAGAUAACAAUACUGGCACUGAAAUAGAAGUCCAAUAAAAUGCUUUGAGAAAAUAGAAACCGCAGGAGCAAAGCCAUCUCAACGAAACUAAAAGUCCAGAAAGUUUGUUGGUGGAAAGUUACUAAAGUUGAGAGGAUGUUCCCUGCGUGGUUGAAUACUAAAUCUUCAAGGUGCCAGGGAGUUCUAGUAUCAGACUGUCUACAACCUGGCGCCAUCCAACUAUUUAGAUGCUUCCUACCUUCUUCCUGAAACCUGUCUGGGGAAUGAUAGAAAUUGGAGCCCACUACAUUUGGAAUGCAACACGUUGAAGAAGGAUGUCCAAAAAAAA